AUGACAGACAAAGAAGCAAAAGAAGAAAGAAUCUCCACUGAUGUGGGACUUCAAGAAAAUGAUAAUCGUGGCAUAUCUCUGGUAUCUCCACAAUUGGACGGGAACAAUUACUUAUCUUGGGCAAGAUCCAUCAAGAUAACCCUUGGAGCAAGAAGAAAAUUGAGUUACAUUGAUGGCACACAAACAAAACCGAUGGAAGACAAAGAAGACAUUGAGCAAUGGCAGAAAAAUGAUUACAUGGUAGUCUCUUGGAUAUUGAAUUCAAUAUCAAAAGAGAUUGCAGAAGCAUUUUUAUACGCAGAAUCAGCAAGGGACUUGUGGGUUGAACUCGAGAUGCGGUUUGGUGAAAGCAAUGGUCCACUUCUAUAUCAAAUACAAAGGGAAAUUGCAUCAAUCUCACAAAACAAUUCUAUUGUAGCUGGAUACUUUACAAAACUCAAGAGACUGUGGGAUGAAUUGGGAUCUUUAGACCCCCUACCUGUGUGCACUUGUGGAGCCAGCAAAAGAAUGUCUGAAAGAAACACUUCCUACCAAUUGAUCCAAUUCCUCAUGGGCCUCAAUGACAUCUAUGAUCAUAUCAAGAACCAGAUAUUAAUCAUGGAUCCUUUGCCUUCCGCUGCAAAAGCAUACUCCAUGGUGCACAGAAUUGAAAAACAAAGACAAGUUAACUCUGAAUUUACUGAAAUAGAAAAGGAAGGAGUUAUGGCAGUCCAGAUUUCUGAGACAAAGACACAAGGUAACCUGAGGACAAAUUUCAAGAAAGGACCUGCUGGACUCUAA